CGUAGUCCGAAUCUGGCUUUCAAGGGAUCGGGCUGCGUGCUCGAGAGUUCCGGGCGAAAGAGCGGUCUGGGCUACAAGGGAUAUUUAGGACUGACUGUCGCGCAAGGCAGAAAAAACAAGGGAGGGUAGGAUGGAGUUGUAUUACGGAAAAAGGUAUUCUCGCUAAAUUCCAGGGUCCCUAAAAGGCUAUGUCUGAAGCCAAAGAGGUAAAACUCGCGAUAUGUUAAGACAUCGGCGCCAUAGACCUCAGUGAGCCUCCGCGUCGGAGAAGAGAAGCUCGCGAGAUCUCUGCAGUUGCCCAGGAGACAACACGGAGGAGGAGAGGUGAUCUCGCGAAAGAAUAGAGGUCGGGAGCACUCGCGAGAUCUCCGACCACCGGACCCGAAAGGUUCUCAGGAAGUUGAAAGGCCCGCAGGAGGCCCAGGUGCAAAUGGCCGGAGCCGGACCAACCAUGCUGCUACGAGAGGAGAACGGUUGUUGCAGCCGGCGUCAAAGCAGCUCCAGCGCCGGGGACUCGGACGGGGAGCGCGACGACUCGCCGGCUGCGCGGGCCCGGCAGCAGCUGGAGACGCUGCUCAACAAGACUAUGCGCAUUCGCAUGACAGAUGGACGGACCCUGGUCGGCUGCUUCCUGUGCACCGACCGCGACUGCAAUGUCAUCCUGGGCUCGGCGCAGGAGUUCCUCAAGCCGUCGGAUUCCUUCUCUGCGGGGGAACCCCGUGUGCUGGGCCUGGCCAUGGUACCUGGCCAUCACAUCGUUUCUAUUGAGGUGCAGAGAGAGAGCCUGGCUGGGCCUCCCUAUCUCUGACCGCGAUCGCGCAUGCUUUUCAGACCAUUAAACCUGUAAACGAA